UGGCGUUACGUCACUUCUGUCCUGCGCUCGACGAGCGGGUAGCCUGUGCUGACACUUGUCUCUGUGGUACGGGGAGGUCCGUCUUGCGAAAUGGCAACCUGCACUAAAACCGAAAAAAUCCAGUUGCAUGUCCCGAAGUUGGAAGAGCUGUGUGAAGUGCUACAGAAUGGACUAAAAAGCAACUUUGCUGACGCCCAAAUUACUGUGGUGGAAUGCCCAGACCUCUCCCAGGACCCAUUUAAUUUUCCUGCUAAGGGACUGUGCGGUAGCCCGCGGAUAACGGAUGUUGGAGGUGUCCCUUACUUGAUUCCUCUAGUACAACUGGACAAGGUGUACGACAUGAACGCAGUCGCUAAGGCACUCGAGCUGCCAGGGGCGUUCAUACUGGGCGCGGGUGCGGUUUCUUCAAAGAGCGUGGGCAUGAACGCUGAACUGAUGCCCCUGGUCGUCACCGCAAGUGAGGGGAAGUUGGCAGUGAAUGGCAGCUAUUUAGCGUCUAUUAACCCGGCAGACGGUAAAUGCCUGCAGGAGAAGUACAGCGAUAAGUACAGAGACUGUGAUUUUGGACUUCUGGGCAACCUCUAUGCAUGUGAGGGCAAGCCGGGAAAGGUUUUGGAGGUGAAGGCUAGCAGGAGAACAGGAGAGUACAGUCUCGUCACAUGUUUGAGGAAGACUUUGGAGAACCACUACAGUGAUAAAAGCCUGGCAUUGGGAGGAACGUUCAUCAUCCAGAAAGGCAAAGCCAAGAUCCAUAUUAUGCCACGGGAAUUCUCCUCUUGUCCCCUCAAUAGUAAUGAAGAUGUCAACAACUGGCUUAAACACUUCAUUGUGAGCGCCCCACUCGUCUGCCAGUCUGUGUUGGUGUCCAGAGACCCUGACUUGGAUUUGCGCGUGGAGCACACUCACUGCUUCAGUCACCAUGGAGAAGGUGGGCACUACUAUAUAGACACCACGCCUGAUAUCGUGGAGUACGUGGGUUACUUCCUCCCAGCUGAGUUCGUCUAUCGCAUCGAUCGGCCGGAGAUGACUCACAAAACUGGACGGGACUGAAAAUAAACAGAAAGAACUUUAUGGAAAGUCACAUUCCCUCUUUUAUAGAUGAGCGUAAUUUUAAAAUGAUUCAGAGUUACUGGAGCUCCCUCUAAUGGUCAGUGUGAAAUAUUUUCACUGCUUUGCCAUUGAUCAUUUCUGAAUAUUGAUGAGAAAUCCUUCUUAAUGUUUCUAAAUCAGCUUAUACCUUUGUGAGCUUUCAAGGCAAAGAAUAUCCUUUUUCCGUGGGUCCUUGACUAUUUAUAGUAUAAUGGGUUAGCCCUAUUCCCAUCUCCAGUGCAUCACACCUACAUUCUUUUCUUUUCCUUCUGCUUUGCAGUUGUUUCGCAGUGUUAAGUGUUCCUUCUUUUGUAGUUUCUUGUUUGGAAAAUGCAAGAUACCCUGGUUUCUGCUGAUGCGAAGCAUGGUGUACCAUUAUUGUCAAAUUUAUUUCUUAGUAGAUGUUCAAGAAGGUUUUGACCAUAUUGCCAGAUCCAGCUUGCAUUCUUUUCAUAUCAUGGACUCUUGUUCCUUGAAUUUUCACAUUUGAACUUCAAGCUCUUGUAAACUAUUCCCUAGAAAAUCAAAACUAUGUUACAUUAUUUACAUAUACAAAAAUUGAUGAACAAAGAUCGAUCACUCAGUCUUCCUCUUUACCUCAGCAGCCAUUGGUGGAGGUUUGUGUUCUGCUGGGAUGAUUUGUCAUGUGAUAUGUCAGGAAGAAGUGGUUUGAUGGUGCAAAGUCAUGACUGAAACCUUUUCCUGUUUCAUUUCCUUUUCAACAUUUCGAAUAGGCCUUUUUCCAAAUCCAAUUUCAAUGAUUUUUGUCCCAGAUACAUUUGGAUAUUAAUUUGUAUUUUUUUGCCUCAGUAUCUAAGGAAAAUUUUUCAUUCUUCCGUUUGGGGAAAAAAUAAAUUUACAAGAGUACAAGCACAAAUGGAUUAUA